AUUGAUCAUAGUGCACUACCAUCCUUACUGCAGUGCCAACCUUUCUCGGCAUACUAAGAAAUUCAUAUAUCGAUCAUGGCGACGACAGUAGAUGCUCCGGAGGUGGAGACCUUUGCCUUUCAGGCAGAGAUUAACCAGCUGCUCUCGCUCAUUAUCAACACCUUUUAUUCCAAUAAGGAGAUUUUCCUACGCGAGCUUAUCUCGAACGCAUCCGAUGCCCUGGAUAAGAUCCGCUAUAUGUCCCUUACCGAUAAGUCGGUCCUUGAUAGCAACCCGGAGCUUUACAUUCACCUGGUCCCUAACAAGAGCGAUGGUUCACUUGCUAUCAUCGAUUCCGGUAUUGGAAUGACCAAGGCGGACCUGAUCAACAACCUUGGUACAAUCGCACGCUCUGGUACCAAGGCAUUCAUGGAGGCACUGAGUGCUGGUGCCGAUGUGUCUAUGAUCGGCCAAUUCGGCGUCGGUUUCUAUUCGGCCUACCUCGUGGCUGAUAAGGUCACAGUGGUGACGAAGCAUAAUGACGAUGAGCAGUACGUGUGGGAAUCCCAAGCCGGCGGCUCGUUCAGCAUUCGCCGCGAUACGGAUGGCGAGCCACUUGGCCGCGGCACCAAGAUCAUCCUGCACUUGAAGGAGGACCAGAAGGAGUACCUGGAGGAGCGACGUCUGAAGGACCUUGUCAAGAAGCACAGCGAGUUCAUUAGCUAUCCAAUUUCUCUGUGGACUGAGAAGACAGUCGACAAGGAGGUGUCUGACGAUGAGGAGGAGGUCAAGGAGGACGAGGAGGGUAAGGUUGAGGAGGUCAAGGAGGAGAAAGAGAAGAAAAAGAAGAAGGUUAAGGAGGUGCAGCACGAGUGGUCUCUUCUGAAUAAGCAAAAGCCUAUUUGGAUGCGCAACCCUGACGAGGUUACUAAGGAGGAGUAUGCUGCGUUCUACAAGUCGAUUAGCAACGAUUGGGAGGAUUACCUUUCGGUGAAGCAUUUCAGCGUUGAGGGUCAACUGGAGUUCAAAUGUAUCCUCUUCUUGCCACGCCGUGCUCCUUUCGACAUGUUCGACCAGCGCAAGAAGCCAAAUAACAUCAAGCUGUAUGUGCGCCGUGUGUUUAUCAUGGACAACUGCGAGGAGCUGAUUCCCGAAUGGUUGAACUUCGUGAAGGGCAUCGUUGACAGCGAGGAUCUGCCUCUUAACAUUUCUCGCGAGACGCUGCAGCAGAACAAAAUCCUCAAGGUCAUUAAGAAGAACAUCGUAAAGAAGUGCCUGGAGCUUUUCGCAGAGGUUGCUGAGAAUAAGGAUGAUUACGCGAAAUUCUAUGAGGCGUUCGGCAAGAACCUAAAGUUGGGUGUGCACGAGGACUCCCAAAACCGUGCUAAGCUGGCCGACCUCCUUCGGUACCACUCGACAAAGAGCGGCGAGGAGCUCACCAGCCUAAAAGACUACGUAACCCGUAUGAAGGAGGGCCAAAAGUCAAUCUACUACAUCACUGGAGAAAGUCGAAAGGCAGUGGAGAACAGCCCCUUCCUGGAGCGUCUCAAGAAGAAGGGUUACGAGGUCUUGUUCAUGGUCGACCCCAUCGACGAGUACGCUGUGCAGCAGCUCAAGGAAUAUGACGGAAAGAAGCUGGUGUGCUGCACGAAGGAGGGUCUUGACUUGGACGACAGCGAGGAGGAGAAGAAGCGCAAGGAGGAAUUGGCAAGCCAGUUUGAGCCUCUUUGCCGCCUCAUGAAGGACAUCCUGGGCGACAAGGUCGAGAAGGUCACCGUCAGCCACCGUGUAGUAGACUCGCCAUGUGUCCUUGUCACAGGGGAGUACGGAUGGUCCGCCAACAUGGAGCGUAUCAUGAAGGCGCAGGCCCUCCGUGACAACAGUAUGGCGGCCUACAUGACCUCGAAGAAGACUCUCGAGAUUAAUCCGGAGAAUCCAAUUAUGAGUGAGCUGAAGAAGCGGAGUGACGCCGACAAGAGUGACAAAACUGUGAAGGAUCUCGUUCUGCUGCUUUUUGAGACUGCGCUGCUCAGCUCUGGCUUCAGCUUGGACGAGCCGAAUACGUUUGCUUCUCGCAUCCACCGCAUGAUCAAGCUGGGGCUGUCCAUUGAUGAGGACGUGGAAGAGGUAUUGCAGGAUGAUGACCUCCCCCCCCUGGAGGAAGAUGCAGGCGCUGGCGAGGGCAGCCGCAUGGAGGAGGUUGACUAAGUAGUCUAUUGCGAAUAACGCCAGUCUUGCUGCACUGGCGGGAUAGGGUCCGGGGUGCUAGCAGUCAGGAUGUGUAGCAGCUGACUUCGUGAACCGCAGGGAAAGAGCAGGACGUGUGCAGGAUCGUAGCCAUAAACUAGAUUUUAAGAGGAUCGUUUGGUCGGCUCACAUGAAAUGUGUAUUCUAUGCCAUGUGGCCUUUGGUGCCAUGAAUAUGAACUUUGCGAACUUUUUAAAGUAAUUUUCUGAAGGUUUCCAUGUAAUCCUCCUGCGAGUAUCCUUCGUGUCCCUAGAAGUAGACGGGGUGUUGGUUGUAUCUGUAACGCUGGUACUG